AUGGGUUCUGCGACAAAGCUCAAGGCGUGCUAUUCGUGCACGAACGGAAAGCGGAAAUGUGACAAAGCUCAACCUAUAUGCGGGCGCUGCAGUGAUCGGGACGUUGAAUGCCGAUAUCCGCCUACGAAGCGGAAGAGGCUGCACUCGUCAGCACCAGGAGCGGAUAAUGGCGGAGAGAGCAGACUCAGUGUCGGACCACCGAGUCUGAUGCAAAUACCUUUCUCAACACCAGAUAAUGGCUUGAUAGACCUCACUCAGUGGGCGGCAAGUUUGAGCAAUUGGGACACUCUCCCUGCUGCUGAAUUGCCAGACGACUCGCCCGCGACGAGCAGUGAGACAGUCUCCAGCCAGAAGGAUGCUGUCGACUUCUUCCUCAGACCUGAUGCAUGGGCCGUUCGUCACAUCCCUUUUACGACACCAUCAUUCCCAAACUCGGUCUGCAUGAAUUAUGUCCACGGUAUUCAUGAGUUCUUUACUGAAUGGGUCACCAACUCUCACAGCCCGUUCAUACACAACCAACUCUACGCCGAUGCCGGGCUGCCAUCAACAAUACAGGAUGCAUUCACAUGCAUUGUCCUGCAUAACUCCAAAACACCCGCGAAUGAGACGGUCAUUGAUGAGCUACUGGCAUCGAAAGUAUCGGCAUUACUCAAGGCAUAUUGCCCGGACCUCGCUGGUCCUGAAGCGACGAUUGCCAUUCGUGAGCACCUCUCUCGAACCCAGGCGUUAUUCGUCCACCUUGUUCUAGCGCUGUUCUCACCUUCCAUUGGAGCGAGAGCCAAUGCAGAACAGCAGAUACAAACCCUUUUGUCAUGGACUCGCCAGCUCUGGGAAGCCGCUCUUCGCGACCCAGAUAUUGGCCUACCUUGCGAUGGCGGUGACAACUCAGCAGCUGCUGCCUCUGCCAAUGGCAUCGUUUUGGACUCCAUCUUCGACGGUGACCCGCUACCCCGAAAGUGGCGUUCCUGGGUUCUUUCAGAGAGUAUCCGUCGCAUAUGGCUAAUGGCAACAUCGACUAUCGGAGUGUACCUUACACUUAAACAGAAAUGGGCUGAAUGUCAUGGCGGUAUCUACUUCACGGCUCAUAAAGACCUAUGGGAAGCUAAAACCGGCUUUGCAUGGGCAGCAGCAUGUCGGAAGGCAGAUCCACUCUUCAUAUGUAGUUUAGACUGCGAGGGUCUGUUCCUGAGUGCAAAGGCAUCGGAUGUAGAUCCGAUGCUGAUCAAUCUGUUUACGAUUAUGUGGGGUGUUGAAAGAGUUGAGAAUUGGGUUGCGAGAACAUGUGAACCUGGAGAGGAUGUAAGGGUUUGGAGGGGGACGGAUUUGCCUAUGGAGAAGGGAAGGAUUGCACCUUCAUGAGAUUUGAUAUGUGCUAGAUAACGACCAUAUUCUAACCAUGCUCACUUAUUCUGUG